AUAUUGAAUAUUAUCUGUUGACAGUUGUGUCUCAAAGGGAGCUCAAAGAUUUUAUUUUAGCCAACUUGUGCUAGAAGUGAAAGUCUGUUUUGCUUUUAAGUUGAGUAAGGACGUUUGUCCUAAACUUUUAAUGGUUUGAUUCAACCCAAGAGAUGGAUGACGAUGAACGGCAGAGGAAACUAGAAGCUGGAAGAGCUAAGAAAUCCUCCAACAUGCCCCGAAGCCAGUCGCUUGCUAGCUUCCGACAGAAGCGGGCGAAAAGCGACGGUGCGGGGGCGCCGAAAAAGACGCAGAAGAGGAAGGGCAAGACUGUCGCGCAGAAUGACGGAGCGACACAAGGCCGCCCCGUAGAACCAGCACUUUCUUCAGCCAACGACACAGAGCUGAACAAGAAGACCAACCAUGAGGAACCCCAGAAGCCAGAGAAAUCAGAGGUUGAGCAGAACCAGCGGAAGAAGGAUCAGCCCCCCACCCUGGAGCAAAGCCCGUCCCCUGUGGAAGAUUUUAGAGAAGAGGAGCUAGUGGCACUCGCUGGCAAAGAACAGCUCAAGCAGCUACAGCAGGCUGUGGAGAAGCGUAAUGAGAUAAUUGCUAGGCUCAGCUCCAACCUGCAGGAGGCCCUGGCCAGCAGAGACCAGGUACAACUGGAGGCACAGUCACUUGCUGGACAGAUUCAGGCGCUACAGAGACAGCUCCAGCAGACCAGUGUAGAGUUUCUGCGCAUCAAAAGUCAGUCAGGGGCUGAAGUCCUCAACACUCGACAACAGCAUCAGCAUGGCCGUUGCUCACAAGAUUCAGACCUCGGUCAUAAGGAGGCUCCUUCAGGAGAAUCGGGGAGUGCAGGUCCUGGCUCCCAGUCAUAUGUUGAACACUUCAGCAUUGGCACAGACAGUGAGACGGACACUGUUCUUCGCAAACUGAGGGCUGAGCUGGAAGAAGAAAGGGAGAACAGCCAACGAAUAUGUGCUGAACUAGUGAAGGAGAUGGAGAAACACCAACAUGUGCUUUCUUUACUGGAGGAGGAGAAGAAAGACAGGGAAGAGGAGCAAAAAGAAAGGGAGGCACAGCUGCAAGACCUCCAGACACAGUUUAGCUUAGUCCAAACUCAGUGCCUUGAGAUGCAGCAGUACAAAGAGGAGAAGGAGACUCUGAACAGAGAAGUGCUGGAGCUGAGGAAAAGGCUUCAGGAGGAAGACGACGUAAAGAGGAGAUUUAGUGAGGAGGUAGCCAGCUCUGCUCUUCGUCUCCAGAGACGGGAGGAGGAGAUGCAGAGGCUCCGAGAGGAGCACAGAGAGGAGGUAGAGAGAGUCGGGCAGCUGUUGGAGGAGAGGGAGAGAGAACUGAAGUUUAGAGAGGAAGAGGUAAUAGGACUCAAAGCUUCUAAGAAUCGGCAGAACCAAGCAAAAGCUGGUUUUAGUUGUGAUGAAAAGAUUAGUAUAGGUGAGGCCGAUCUGGAAAGUGGACCUGAUGAGUACAGCAUGAAUGUAUCAAUUCCUGGGGAUAUUCUAAUGGAGCGCUACCUGUCUUCAGCUCCUCAUGCACACUCCCAAUCUUCAGUGGUCAAUGAAAGCUUAGAACACUGCAGUCAGCUGGACAUCUCUGCAGACUACAGUUUUGAGCUGAACAGUGAAGUAUUUGGAGAUGAGCCUCUGUUGUCAAUUUCAAACCGUUUCGCCGAAGACAACAACAACUUCCAAGACACCUCUACCCCUCAGGGCUCCCCUGGCACCCCCGUGGCUGAUCAUUCCCACCCUCAGUCUCCAUCCCAGUGGCUUCACAACUCCACCUCUGGCGAGCUGGAGCUGAGUAAACUGUCCGAGCAGCAGUUUGAGGAAACUGACCUGGAAAAAGAGCUGCUGAAUCAGCAGUGUGGGGAGCUCCGUGAGGAGCUGGUUCUCAAGGACAGAGACUUGAAUGUGUUAAGGGAGGAAGUCAUCAACAGUGCUGAAGAGCUGGAGGAGGCCAGGAGCAGGUGGGCCCAAGUAACAGAAGAGCUCCAGCAGGCUCUCUGGGAGCUUGAAGAGGAGAAGGAGAAGAGGAGACGUGUUGAGGAGGAGAUAAACUUGAGAGCCCAUGAACAAGACAACCUGAAGAACAAACUAGGUGUCUUAAUGGAAGAAAGAGAAAAAGACAACCAUAUCAUUGAUGACGACCAGCUGAAAACACUACAGGCUCAAUGUGAACUUCUCAUGUCGGAGCUAGAAGAGGCCAAAACGGCGCACAAAACCACAGGAGCCCUACUAGGUCAAAGGACUAUGGAGCUGGACGAAACAUUAAAGGAGCUUGAAACUACUCGUGCACAGGUUGUGAAUGUUCGAACAGAAGUGGAAAGGUUGCGGGAAGAGCUGGAGAAGAGCCAGGGCAGUCUGGACAGUGCUGGAAAAGAGAGGAAUGAACUGGAGUCUCAGAUCUUCUGUUUGAGACAAAACCUUAGCAAUCUGGAGGAGGCCCAGGUCCAGGCAGCGCAGGAGAGAGAGGAGCACAGGAGAAAAGAAGAGGAGAUGGAAGACCGGAUUAAGAAAAUGGAACAAGUCUUAGAGGAGGAACUGGAACAGUUUGAGAACCUGCUAAAAGCCAAGGAUUGUGAAUUGGCUGAAGAGAAGGAGAAAUGGGAGGAAGAGAGACAGGAGAAGGAUAAAGAGCUUAUUGAUGUGAGGCAACACUUGGAUGAGCAGAAGAGGGAGAGAGAGGAGGAGGUGAAGGCUCUUCUGGAGAAGCAACUUGUGGCUGUUGAGGAGGCUACAGAAAGGCUCAAGACAUCUCACCAACAAGAGAUAAAAGACCUGAUGGAGAAACAUCAACAAGAGAUUUCUGAGUCAAACUCUCACCUGGAGUCGGAACUGCUGAAGCGGCAGGCCAUCAUGGAGGAAGAACAGAAAAGGCAGAUCAGCCUAAUCAAACAGGUGACUGAACGUGAGCACGAGAGGAUGGUUUCAGAGCUGACCGCCAAACACAAUGAGGAGCUUAGUCAACUGAGGACAGAGCUGUCCUCUGAACUGAGGGAGAGCAUGGAGGCUGCUCACCAGGCUGAACUGCAGCAGGUUCAGGUCGAAAAGACCAGCGAGCUUGAAGCCUUGCGUCUGAGCCUGACCAAUGCCCACGUGUCCCAGGAGUCUGCUCUCACCAAGGUCCAGGCGUCCUCGAGGGAGACAUUUGCCCAGGAAAGUGCACUCUUGCAGGCCCAGCAUCAGUUAGAACUGGACCAGAUCAGACGGCAGAACCAGGAGCAGCAGGAGAGACUGCAUGAGCUGCACCAACAAAACAUGAAUGAGUUGAAGCAGCAGUGGGAGACUCGUGUUGCUCAGGAGAGAGCUGCCAUGGAGGAAGAGCAGUCCAAAGAGAUACAGACUCUUAGAUCACAGUGGGAUAAGGAUGCUGAGAGCACCCAUUUCAACCUCCAGACAUCUCUCUCAGAGACUCAGAACAGCCUUACUGCCACCCAGACAGAACUUGCCAGCACCCAGGCCUCCCUCACCCAGACAAACGAAGCACUAACUGAAGCCCAGGCUGCUCUGUCACAGACCCAGUCAGAGCUGCAGGAGUCAUGGGCCCAGCUCUGGGAACUCCAGACCUCCAGUAAGGAGCAGAACCAGAAACUGGAGGAAGAGCUGAAACAAGCCUGGGCUGAUAGAGAUGCUGCUGCCCGUUCUCUGGAGGAGUUGGUUUCUAGUCAAAAGGCAGUGCUGCGGGAGAAAGAGCAGCAAGCACUCCACCUACAGGAGAAGGAGCAACAACUGCAGCAAGAGGUUUUGCGCCUUCAAGAGGAAAAGACCUUGCUAAAACAGAGCUCAGAGCAAGAAGUAGGUCAGCUGUGGACCCAGCUGGAGAGCAUGAGGACCAGUCGCCAAGAGUUGGGAGAGCUGAAGGAGCAGCUGCUCGCUCGCUCGACUCGUGUUGAUGAUAUCGAGCGCCUGAAGACGGUGUUUAAUGAACAAAAACAGGAAAUCAAAGAGCAGAAUGAGGCUGAGCUGGAAAGCCUGAGGAGAUACUUUGAGCAGCGAUUGCGGGCAACAGAGGAGAGCUACAGAGAGGAAAUUGCUCUACUCCAGCUAAGGCUGGUGGAAAAUGCCUUGGAGGAAUCUGUGCUUAAGACUGCAGAUAACAGUUCUAUAUCUCAAGGCGAAACUGAAGAGGAGAAAGAUCAUGUGCUUUCUGAUACUGGCCUCAAACUGGAGAAACACAAAGAAGCACUUGACAGUUUGCGCCUUCAACUGGAGGAGAAACACACAAUGAAGCUUGCCAAUCUACAAUCUUCUAUGGAUCUUUCCUUUGAGGAAGAGCUGAGACAGGUGCGCUCAGACCUCACUGACCAGUACUAUGAAGAGCUGGAAGAGAAGAAGACUCGUCAUGCCCUGGAGCUGGAGCAACUCAGAGCCAAACUUUCUGACCAUCACUUACAUGAGCUUACCAGAGUUCGUUUGGAGGCAGCAAGGCAGGUUGAGGUGGAGGUUGAACAGAGGAUGUGGUUUCACACUGAGGAGCUGCAGACAAGGAUGAGCAUCAUUCACACUCUGGAGAACAGACUGGCUGCCUUGAGUAAACAACAUGAAGCAGAACUGCAAAGGAACACACAAAAGCUGAAACGAGAGUUUGCUGGCGAGCUUGUUCAUCUUGAAGAAGCACUGAAACAGGAGAGGGAGAAUGUGCAGGAGGAGAUGAAGAAGCUGAGAGAAGAGCUCCGAGAGAAGCAUGAAGCUGAGCUCUCUGACCUGAGGUCAGACCUUCACAAAGAGAUGGAGAAGGAGAGAACACUCCUACAAAAAUUACUUCACGAGGAGAAGGAGAAGUUAAAAUCUCUACAGGCUGCACUGGACAACGAUGAGAGCCCACAGGUCCUAAUAGUGCGGCAAAGACUGGAGGCCCAGUAUGACGGUGAGCUGCAAAGGGCAAAGAGCCGCAUGGCAACAGAAAUGAAGGAGCUCACUGCUCUCCUCCAGGAACAGGGUGAAGAGCGGCUACGCCAAGCCAAAGAGAGGUUCCAAGAGGAAAAAGCAGCGUUGGAGCAGAGUUUGGCCCAGAAAUCUGAAAUCUCUCUGGCAGAACUAAAGAACAAACAUCAAACUGAGCUGGAACAUGAGAGAGCAACACUACUGAAAAAACACUCUCAAGAGAAGGGCACACUCAAUGCCAAACACAAAGCACAACAAGAUUCACUCGGUGCCAGUCACAGAGAUGAGCUUUCAGCUACGGCCGUUGAGCUUGAAUCCAAACACAACGCUGAGCUUGUCGCCUUGGAAGCAGCCUUCGAUUCCAAACGAAAGGCAGACCUUGAAAGUCUGGAGGCUGUUUUUCAGGAGACCAAUCAGGCUCAGCUGGAGGCUUUAGAAGCAGAGUUGACUCGCAAACACCAAGAAGAGAGGGAUGAACUGGAAAAAAGGAUGCUGGGUAAUAUGGACACUUUGGAGGCAACCUACCUGAAGGAAGUGCAAACAUUGCGUGAUGAAAUACUGCAACUUGAAGAGAGGUAUCUUCAAAACCUGAAUCUCCAGAAGUCUCAACAUAAGCAGAUAAUGGAGCGCCAUGCUGCAGAGCAGCUGUCCGUCAGGGAGGAGCUGAGGAAAGAGCUGGCUCAGGUGCACAUGGAGAAGUUUAGUGCCAUGGCAGCAGAGCUCAGCCACGUUCACAAGACUGAACUGGCUACUCAAAAAGAGGCCUUAGAUACUGAACACUGCAAAGCCCUGGAGACCCUUAAGAAGCAGGUUUUAGAACUUGAGCAACAACACAGCACUGCUCUUCAGGAGCUCUCACAUACCUGCACUGCUGAGAAAGAACAACUCAUUGCACAGUACCAGCUCCAGCUACAGGAGUUGAGGGGUGUCUCUGCGCGGGAAUUGGAGGCAUGUCGCAGGGAGCUUGAAGAGGAGUCAUCAAGGCAGCGUCAGCACUUCCUCGAAGAGGUGGAGCUCCUCAAAGUCCAAUCAGAGGAGAGACUGCAGGACCGGAUUAAUCAACUGAAGACGGAGUUUGAAGAGCAGAAGGAGGCAGAGCUUGAGGACCUGAAGCGGAGCUUUACAUCUGAACAGGAGGAGAAGGAGCAGAGCUACACGGACAAAAUGAGCCAGCUCACUGUCCAACUGCAGCAGCUAGACGCUGUGGUGGCCCAGCUGCGAGCUGAGGUUGGCUGUCUGCAGGGAGAGUUAGAAGGGAAGCGUGCAGAGAUGGAGACUUUGGACAAUAUCCUCCAACGAAGGGAGCGAGAGAGUCAGGAGGGAGGCAACCUUCUCAAGAUGCUCACUGAUGACUUGCAGACUGCUAAAGAGGAAAGACGUAAACUGCACCAGGCCAAUGAAAAGCUGAAGAAGGUGCUGAUUGAGAUGAUUCGCUGCACCAUUGCAACAGAAGACCUGAUCGGACAAAAGAUCACUGCCAGAGCCAAAACAUCGUCGAGCCAUCGGAAGAGCUCAACGGCAAACAAAGACGCACAAGAAUCAGGUAUUUCAGUUGCAGACAUGUCUUCAGAAGACAUGGAGCUGACCCAUCUGCUCUGUGAAAGCCUGCUGGUUUCAGAUAGUCAGAUCAAUCCUGGGGGAGAAGAAGCGGCUCUAAAUGCCUGCAGCCGACUGCAUCACACUGUUGACACACUACUCGAGCUGCUCAACCAGGCCAACACACAGCUGGAGCAGACUCAUGAUUUCCACCAUUCUCUGGAAGAAAAGUUCUCUCAGGGCAGAGAAGACUCCGCCCAACUCUUUGUGCAGCACAAGCUCCAAUUGGAGCAGCUUGAUCAGGAGGCGAAGCUGAAGAGUAAACUCCAGCUAAAACUCCACAAGGCAGAGGGGCUUCUAGAGGGCUAUGUGGCUGAGAAAGCAGUGUUGGAGGAGACUCUGCAGCGGAAGGAGGCUCAAGAGGAGAGGCUAGUGGAGGAGCUGGAGGACCUGAAAGCAAAGCUGCACAAAAUGCAGGGCCUUACUGCGGAGCUGGAUAUUCUCAGACUGAAGCAUCAGGAGCUCAGUGAGGAGCAUUCACUUCUCCUGCGCCAGAACGAGCACCUCUCCGCUGGACUGGGGGAGAGGGAGAAAGCUCUACUGGCAGAGACGGAGCGUUUAACCCGGGAUAGGCUGGACUUGCAGCGGCAGGCAGAGAAGGACCACAGCUCUCUGUCCCUGCGCCUCAGGGCCCUGGAGAGAGAGCUGGAAGAGCAGGAAACAAAGUGCCUGGAGACAGAGCAGCACCACAAGACCCACACCGAAGACCUUAACCAGCGUGUCCAAGCACUUGAGAAACAGCUGAAACAUGACAGGCAGUUUAUAGAAGAGCAGGCUGUGGAGCGUGAACACGAGAGAGACGAGUUCCAGCAGGAAAUCCAAAGCCUGGAGGCCCAACUCAGACAGACAGCCAGCGUGGAUAAUAAAGGACACAGGUUUGAGGACUUGGUUCUGCAGGUGGAGAGUCUACAAGCUGUCAUCAAAGACAAGGCAGAUGACCAUGCCUCUUUGCUCGCAGCCAAUCAGCAAGCACAGCGUGAUAUUGCAGAGCGCAAUGAGGAGAUAGACAAGUUAGCUGGGCGAAUCCGAGAGCUCGAGCAAGCAUUGCUCAACAGCGCUGAGAGUGAUGCAUCUGUCCGUCAACUGGAACAAGAGCUCCACAGAGCAAAGUUGAGAGAACAGGAGCUCACACAAGAUAAGGAGGCACUGGAGCAGCAGCAGCUGUCUAACAGGCUUCAGAUCUCCGCCCUGCAGUCCAAAGUGGACGAGACUAGACACUGUUUCCAUGACAACACACGAGAACCCAUCCAGGAGCUUAGUGAUGCUCUGGACGCUGCUCAGCAGAGCCUACAGAGCAAAGAGCAAGAGGUGGAGGUCCUACUUGGCCAACUGGACACUGCGCAGAGGGACUUGAGCAUCAAAGAGGUUGAACUAAAACACCUCACACUACAGCUGGAGCUACUGACCAAUCAGAAUGCAGCUCAUGUUAACGAGCUCCAAGAACAGAUUGCUGCCCUAAAGGAGAAUGUGUCUGCUCUCACCAUACUCGAGGAGGAGAAAGACGAACAAAGCGAGACGGAGGAAGAGAAUCUCCCCUCUGCAUUACUCCAGGAGAAAAAUCAGGAGAUCGACCACCUCAACACUGAGAUCCAAAGACUGGAACAGGAGUUGGAGAACACCAGGGACAACAAGGCUUUGGAGGCUGAGCUUGAGGAUCUACGCUCACAGGUGGAGCACCUUCAGUCUGAAAUCAUGAGAGUGCGUCAGGACAAACAGGAAGAAGAGGAGCGCCUUCAUGAAGUCAUCAGCACACUGCAGGCAGAACUCGCCACAUUAGGCCCCAACCUGCAUGAAGUCAGUGACUCUCAGGAUGGUGACAGCAUUAAUCCUUCGCCGGCUCCCAGCCCCGAACCUCCCCACUUUACCAUCCAGGAACAAGAGAGGAUGGGCGGACCAAACAGCCUGAAGCAAGAGCUCCGUCUGAGUCAUUCUAACUCAUCUCGUUCCCUUCGAUCUCGUCUCAAGGCCCUCCAGAGUCAGCUGGAGACGGCGUUGGCAGAGAAAGAGGGACUGGAGCGAUUACUGCUCACCCAGGAGGAAGAGUACAGAGAACACGGCAAGGAGUUUGGAAAGAGGCUGACGGCUCAGAGGGAGAGGGCAGAUGAACUCCAAAAUGUCCUCACUGUCAAAGAAGCUGAGCUGGAGAAAGUCAAAGCCCAGAUGGAAGAAGUGGAAAUGGAGAAGAGGAAACUAUCUGAAGAAGAGAAAGACAGUUGCCAAAUUCAAGCCCAAGAGAUGAGCGCCGUGCAUGAGAGGAAUGUCCACCUCAGCUCUCUGAUUACGGAGCUCCAAAAGAAAGAACAGGAGAGCGUGAACGAGAUCGAGACUCUAAAAAUAAAAGACCAGGAGAUGAAAAUGGAAAUUGAAAUCCUCCGAGAAACAAGUCUCACUCUUGAGAGACAAGUCCAGGAGGUGAGAGCCGAGGUGGUAGACAUGGAGGAAGUGGUUGCUGAGGAAAGGACAAAGGUUACAAACCUCAAUACUGUUAAGGGAGAGCUUUAUGCUGAACGUGAGGCACUGAGGAAGAGGGAGGGGCAACUCCAGGAGGAAAUUGAAAGGCUUAGACAGGAAGUGACAUCAAUGAGAGCCUGUAUCCAGGACCUGACCGCUCAGCUCGGUGAGAAGGAAACUAGUCAAGAAGAGGCUCAGAAAGAAGUGCUGACCCAUGCUGAGGUGACCCUGGCUAAAGCAGACGCUGCCUUGAGACAGAGUGAGGCUGAGCUCGCCAGACUGAGAGCAGAGCAUCAGGCUCUGAGGGCAGAGCUGACUGCGGUGAAACAGGGUCUGAGUACCAGUACAGAGAGGGCUGAGAAACUACACGAGGAAGGACAGACCAAAGACCGUGCCCUAGUCGACCUGGAGAAUGAUAACCAGCGGCUGGAGGCGGAGCUUCAAGGUCUACAAGAAGACCUGGCUGUACAGGAAGAGGAACUAGCCUAUCGGCAAAGAGAACUACAGCAAUUGAGACAACACUGUCACCAGCAGGACACACUUCCUCACCAACAAGGAUACCCACAGAAGGGUAUUUUUCCCAGAGCUUUUGAGGACGUUGUUAGUGUCUCUCGUGACGAAGCCUCUCUAAGCUCUCCGGAGGUUUUAAGGAGACUCGAAUGCUCCGAAGACAGAAUCCCAGAACGGUUCCACACCUCUGUUCUCGGCUCUCGUCUGUCUGAGUUCAGUGCUCUGAACAGCACAGGCCUGGAUCUCCCCCAGCUCAAGACCUCUCCCGGGGUUGUGAUGGAGCCUCCACAUUCAAGGACCAUCACACCAGAUCCAGCCACACAGAGUAGCCACUCCCCAGGCCCUGUGUCUGUGUCGGACAACUUUUCCAUGCUAGACUCACUGGACACUGACAAAGUGCGUGAGUUAGAAGAACUUGACCUAACAACACCUCCAUCUCCUCUUGGCUCCACCUCCUCCUUGUCUGCACCAGAAUGGGCCAGUGAUGGAUAUGGCAGCAAUGUGAGUUCAGAAUUGGGUGCAAGGCUGAGAGUGGAGCUGGAACAGACUGAAAGGCUGGACGCUCAGUUUCUUGAGUAUCUCCGCUGCCGAGGAAUGAACCCCACAGUUAACACAGAUAGUGCUGCAGGCAGCAUGAGCUACAGUGAUGACCUGUUGUCACCUGAGCUUCAGGGAUUGUUAAAGAAAGUGUAUCAAGAAAGCUGCAGAAUUCUCACUUUGUCCCAACGUCGUGCCACUUCCUCAAGCCAACCUCAUGUCGCCGACUUAAGAGCCUUCUCAUUGAGUCAGACAGAGCAUCUUUCUGAAGAUUGCUCAAUCAUGCGGGACCACCGGGACAAUUCAUCCGCCAACCCCCCCAUGAGUUGGCAGCAGGAGAAGAGGGCACUGCAGGAGACUGUAAUUGCUCUCCGAGAGCUGCUCUGUCGAAUGGCCCAGAGACGCACGCAAACUGACUACAGAGAUGAAGAUGACUGGCACAGAGAUCAGCCCAGGACUAACGGACAGGUUGAAUCCCAACUAAGGGCCGAGCUGGAGGAGAGUCAGAAACAACUGAAAUGUGCCCAUGACACUCAGCAAGAGCAAAAAAACAAAAUUCAGUCAGUCAGGCUGGCUCUAGAAGAGAGGGAGGAAGCUUUGAGAAGGGAGCAGACCAGAGUCCAGGAGCUUCAACAACAACUGGAGCAGGAGAGAGCUCUGAGUCUCCGUAAGGACAGAGAGGAGGAGGAAAGGAGAGAGGCUUUGCACAUAUCUUCUGAGCAGCAGAGGUCAGAGUUCAUGGCUCUGAAGGGUCAGGUGGAACAGGAGAGGGUGGCCUGCAGCAACCUCAGACGGGAGCUUCAGAUUGAACAGUCCCGCAGUGUGCUGCUGGAGAAACGCUUUAACGACACCCAAAAGGAGCUAGAAGAUGAACGGCAACGUUCUGCUCACCAACAAGAGCUCCACUUGCAAGACAAGACUCGUCUUGAGCGCCUUCUGGCUGAAGCGGAAUCGCGCCUAGCUGAAAUUCACUGCAAGCUCGCAGAUGCUCACAGCAAGCUGGAUAAAGAGAGAGACCGUUGCUCCAGGCAGGUAGAUGAACUCAGCCGCAGACACGAGGCGGAUGCCGCCAGAGACAGGAAGUUCAUCUCCGACAUGCGCGCCCAGCUAGAGCAGGAGCGAAGGCAGGGGGAGGAGCUGGUAGCUAUGAUGGAAAAACUGAGGGCCGAGGUCCUACAGAGCAGGAGGAAAUGGGAAGAGGAGGACAGAACGAGCAGGGUGGAGCUGCAGAGGGAGCAGGAGGCCUCCACCCGACAUCGCGUAGCUAUGGAAACCUUGCAGCAGCAGAAAGAGGAAACCAUCUGUGCUUUAGAGAUGGAGCAAGAGCGGUUCAGACACCAAGGGGUGGAACUGGCUGAGCUGAAGGAGAGACUGCGACUGCAGAAGGACAAAGAGAGGGAGAGGGAGGAGCAGUGGGAGAGAGAGAGGAGGAAGGGGAGGCAAGAGCAGAUGGAGAGAGAGAGACGACAGGAGAGGACCAACAGCAAACUGUGUGAGUUGGAGUUGUUGAGGCAACAGGACCAGCAGCGCAUGCAGGAGCUGCAGCGCACCCUGGCAGAGCUAGAAAGAGAGGAGAGAGAGAUGGCUGCUCAGAGGCUGUCGGAACAAACCAAAGGGCAGCAACACACGGCUGGAUCUUCACAGCAUCUCCAAAGUGACUUCCAGGCAGGCAGCACACAACCAAACCAGCAGAUGCCGUCCAUGCCGUCAUCACCCAGUCUGCUGGACAGGUUGUUGAAGGAGAACUCCGAGCUGAUGGAGCGUGUGACAUCACUGAGUCAGGAGAGAGCCACUCUCAGACAUAGACUCACUUGCCUGGAGCGACAGCUGCGGCGCACCGAGAACGAGCUCGCCAAGGUGACCACGGAAACUGAAAACAGACCCAUCAAUGAUAUGACCAGCAACAGCAAGGUGCAGCGUUUGUAUGAGCGCUACCUGCGUGCUGAGAGCUUCAGGAAAGCUCUGGUGUACCAGAAACGUUACCUGCUGCUGCUGUUGGGAGGUUUCCAGGAGUGCGAGCAGGCGACACUGUGUCUCAUCGCUCGCAUGGGGGCACGGCCGUCACCCUCCGUCUCCCAGAACAGACCCCUCGGGCGAUUUAGGGCUGCUGUACGAGUUGUCAUUGCUGUCUCCAGAAUGAGGUUCCUGACCAGGAAAUGGCAGAAAGCGAUCAGAAGAUUAUCUGUAUCUGGGACUGUCAAUGGGCAUGCUCCAGGGCCUAAAGCUGAAGUUUUAAGGCAACAACAGCCAAGAUUAAAUUUUGACUCUCCACCAAACCGAGACAGCAGCGCCGUCCACAGAGAGACUGUGUCCGCUCUCGUUCCACCCACAAAAUCACCCUUCAGGUUGCACAACAGGUCGUACUCCAGCACCACUCUGGCCUCGGAGCAUUCAGGAGGAACGUCUCAGGAUCCAGAACGAUCUCUGACAGAAUAUAUCCACCAUCUAGAGAAAGUCCAGCAACGGCUAGUGGGAGCGAGACAAGCAAGCAAGACUCAUUUAGCCCUGCCCCCUAAAGAGGAAAGGAGGAUACAGUCAGCCUGUUCCCCUGAUAUGAUUGGUUAUCGGCAGCGCUGGCUGCAGGACAAUAGGACAUGGCUGUACCUGAGCUGCUUGUCACCCCUUUACCUGAAUGGUCCAGGUCCAUCAGUUUUCCAGCCUGACCCGAAGUUAUCCGAUCACUAAAUGAAAGACUGUCUGCAUAUUGUUCCAAAUCUGUCCAUGCCUUACACCCAUGUAGAAAUAUGUAGAAAGGAAUAUCACAAAUCUUUUGUAAGACGUGAUUUUAUAAUUACAUAAAUUAUUUUUCAAUGUUUUCUAUUAUAAUUUUUCUAUUCUCUGUACAAUAGUAUUUUGAAGGUCACUCUUGAGAUGUUGCAAGAACAAAUGUUUUUCGUUGUUUUAAAUAGUAUGGUUUGUUAUUUUUCUACUAAUGUUUUUAUGCACUUUUGUGCUUGUAAAUAGGGCUGAUGUUCAUUGUAAAUGUGUCCAAAUUUGCACUGAUUUUUACUAGAAAUCUAUGAUAAACCUAGCUAGUGAGCACAUUAUUGCAUAAAGGUGAACCAUAUGUGUUUUUUGUAUUAUCUAUGUUCCUACCAUAAAGUUGAUAUUUUAAAUGUUUUUACACCAAACACUGGGUUUAUUUUAUGGCAGCUCAUAAUUGUAUAUUCUGUGGUAUGUGUCAAUUUUGUACAUUCUGAAAAUUCUUCAAGAAACAAUCCAUAUUA